GCUACAAUAGCUACACUCCUUGACUGUAAGCCCUGUCCGUGUCAUUGAUUGAAUGCUUGUCGUUCGGAGUACGUGGCCAAGCCUUUUUCUCCUGUGAAGCAUCAAACGUGGCCACCCUCACUCUCUCUCACUCUCUCUAUAAGAAUCACGGACGACGUGCGCCGUGACCGCCAUCGAUCCCACCGACAGCGCUGCGAUAUCGAUCCGACGACCAAUCAAUGGCGGCUGACGACGCAUCAUUAUCUUCCGCUACUGAGCCUCUCCGCGUGCUCAUGUUUCCUUACCUCGCCUUCGGUCACAUCAGCCCUUUCAUCCAGCUCGCCACCAAGCUCUCCGCCGCGGCAGCCGGGAACAUCCGCGUCACCUUCCUCUCCGGCGCCGCCAACGUGGAGCGCAUCCGGUCGCUGCUCCCCUCUUCGUCCUCCGUCUCCGUUGUGACGCUGCACCUGCCCGCGAUCCCGGGACUCCCUUCGGGAGUCGAGAGCACCGCUGAUCUCCCCUCCGACUCCCCUGCUGUGGAGCUUCUGAAGCUCGCAGUCGACGGGACGCGUCCCCAGGUGGACGCGCUCCUUCGCGAGCUUCGUCCCCACGUCGCCGUCUUUGACUUCGCCAUGCAGUGGUUGCCGGAGGUCGCGGAGCCGCUCGGCGUCCGCGCCGUGUUCUUCUCCGUAUUCGCGGCCGUCUCCACAGCGUACCUCAUCUCCCCCGCCCGAAGGUUUCACGGGCCGAACCCCUCCGUCGAGGACCUCAAGUCCCCGCCGGCGAAGUUCCCAGAGGCCUCCUCCAUCCGCGGCGUGCCGGCCUACCAGGCGGCCGACUUCCUCUACGUCUUCCGGACCCUCGCGGGGGCCUCCGUGUUCGAGCGGGCGCUCGCGUGCUUGUCGCGCAGCAGCGCCAUCAUGGCGAAGACCUGCGCGGAGAUGGAGGGACCCUACAUCGACUACGUGGCUAGGGAGCACGGGAAGCCGAUACUGCUGGCGGGGCCCAUCACGCCGGAACCGCCGACGGGGGAGUUGGACCCGCGCUGGGCCGAGUGGCUCGGCGGCUUCCCGGCCGGCGCGGUGGUGUUCAGCUCCUUCGGGAGCGAGACGUUCCUGAGUGAGGAAGGCGUGCGGGAGCUGCUGCUGGGGCUGGAAAUGACGGGGAAGCCCUUCCUGGCGGUGUUGAACUUGAACCAGGCGAAGGGGGAGGGGGAGGAGGAGGUGGGGCGGCUUCUACCGGAAGGGUGGGCGGAACGGGUGAAGGGACGGGGGCUGGUCCACAGCGGGUGGGUCCAGCAACAGCACAUCCUGCGGCACGACAGCGUGGGCGUGUUCCUGUGCCACGCGGGGCUGAGCUCGGUGAUGGAGGCGGUGGCGUCGGGGUGCGGACUGGCGAUGCUGCCGCAGAAGGGGGACCAGUUCCUGAACGCGAGGCUGUUCGCGGGGGACAUGGGCAUCGGGGUGGAGGUGGAGAGGAGGGAGGAGGACGGGGGAUUCACUAGGGAGGCGGUGUGUUCGGCGGUGAGGGAGGUGACGGAGAGAGAGGAGGUGAAGGAGAAGCACGCCAAGUGGAGGGAGUUUCUGCUGGACAAGGAGAAGCAAGAGGGCUUCGCCGCAGGGCUGCUGGACGGCCUCCGCAAGCUGGCAAAUCUGUAAUUUAUUUAUAUUUUAAUAAAUAUAAAAAAAAUUGUAGGGUGUGUUUUAAAUAAUAUAAAACUUUUAAGUCGCUGGUCGCAGGGUUGCUGGACGGCCUCCGCAAGCUGGCAAAUCUGUAAUUUAUUUAUAUUUUAAUGAAUAUAAAAUAAAUUGUAGGGGUGUUUUAAAUAAUAUAAAACUUUUAAGUGGCUGGUCGCAGGGAUGCUGGACGGCCUCCGCAA